UGUCUCUUUUUCUGAAUGUCAUUUCAGGAAAAUGAUCUCUAUAACUUCCAUUUUGAUUUGGAUUUGAUGUCCUGGGACUCGGACCUCUGGAAUAUUACAGGCCAUGCUUAUGCAGAUGCCAACGUGAAGACAGAACCUUUGUCACCAGGCGCUUCCAGCUGCUCGGUCCCCUCGCCACCGUCUGUGGACUCUCCAGUGCAGAACGUGCCUGAUGAUGUGGACUUCAGCUGUAGCUCCCAGAUGUCUCCCAUCUCUCUCUACAGCAAGAGCUGCAAAAGCCCUGCAUCCCCAGAAGGAGAUGGGGGGAAGAAGCCUGCUGUGAGCAUCUCUUCUCGAUCUGCAAAUAACUCUGCGAGGAGCCUGAAGAGGUGUGGUCAGACAGUGUCCAGGCCUUUGAUACAGCCCAAACCCCUUUUGCCUGCUGUGCCUGAAGCUCAGGCUAACAUUGGCAUCCCAGCUAAAACCAUCAUUAUCCAGACUCUUCCCACGCUUGUGCCCCUGCCAAAGAAUCAGCCAGUUGUUAACAUCCAGCCAGCACCUCCUAAAGGUCCAUCCGUGGUGCUGCCCCAGCCUGCUGUGGUACAGCUCCAGGCUUCAGGGGUGCUUCCUGCCUCCCAGCCAGUCAUUGCAGUGGCAGGAGGGGCCCCAGCACUUCAGAACCACACGGUGAAUGUGCUGUCUCCAGCUGCUGGGAGCGGCUCCGGCAGCGGCAAAAUCCCGGUGACGAAGCCCCUGCUCCAGAGCAGCGCCCCGGCCGCGGGGCUGGACGUCAACGUCCUGAGGCGGCAGCAGCGCAUGAUCAAAAACCGGGAGUCAGCCUUCCAGUCACGCAAGAAAAAGAAGGAAUACAUGUUGGGACUGGAGGCCAGGCUGGAGGCAGCCCUGCUGGAGAAUGAGAAACUCAAGAAAGAAAACAGCACGCUGAAGAGGCAGCUGGAUGAAGUGGUAUUAGAGAACCAGAAGCUCAAAGUAUCAUCUCCAAAGAGAAGAACACUGUGUGUGAUGGUGAUACUGGCCUUUAUAAUGUUGAAUUAUGGUCCAUUGAGUGUAUUUGAAAAGGAUCCCAAUGGAGCAGAUUCCAGUGUGAGUUCCAACCACCGGACCAGAAAUCUUCUGGAGUUCUCAGCUGGCCAGGAGUCCAGCUCAGCUCAGGAGGUACCUGAGGGCAUCAUUUCCGAGAAGAGCGAUAGGUAUGAGCGUUCUGUGUCUGACAACAAAGCACUAAUGAUAGUCUCAGAAGAACCACUGUUAUAUAUUUCACCCCCAGCACCCCCCUGCCGGCCCCUGAUCAACAGGACAGAGUCACUGAGGCUGACCCACGAGCUGCGAGGAUGGGUGCACAGGCACGAGGUGCAGCGGACGCGCUCCCGGCGGCUCAGCAACAGCCAGCAGCGAGCUCGAGUGCCACAGAGCUCCCUCAGUGACAAAGCAGAUUCCCAGCUAAUGGCCAUGCCUUACACAGACACCAGUCUCAGCAGGAGCUCAGGGAAUGAGCUGCAGGUGUAUUAUGCCUCUCCCAGGAGCUAUCAGGACUUCUUUGAAGCAAUUCACCGAAGGGAGGACACGUUCUAUGUGGUGUCAUUCCGCAGGGACCACCUGUUACUCCCAGCCACCACACAUAACAAGACCAGGAGACCAAAGAUGUCUAUAGUGCUGCCAGCUGUAAACAUCAACGAGAACGUGAUCAACGGGCAGGACUACGAGGUGAUGAUGCAGAUUGACUGUGAAGUGAUGGACACCAGGAUCCUCCACAUCAAAAGUUCUUCUGUCCCUCCGUACCUGCGCGAGCAGCGCAGGAAUCACAGCGACACCUUCUACAGCUCGUCCCCCUCGGUCCCCGAGACGCCACACGCCCUCAGGGCCAUCGUCAAAUCCCUGCGGUAGCUCCUGUGGCAGCCGCAGGGCAGCAGGUGCUGCCUCCAGCCCGAGCCCGUCCCUGGCAGCUCCAGGGCACAGCGGGGCCGGUUCCCUUCAGCCGUUCCUGUGCCUGACCCGACCCAAUGGCCGCAGCCUGCCCGGCUCCGCUGCCCGCCGUCAGUCCUGGGGCCUGCUGGCCGUGGGCUAUCCCUGCUGCGUGCCCACUGGCCACAGCUGGGGCUUCUCUCCUGGUUUUGUCCCCGUGAGGCUGCUGGAGCUGGGCUGAUGAGCCAGACAAGGCAGCAGGUGCCCACCCUUGGGAUCGUGGCGCUCUCCCUGCAGUUCCUGGGCAGCCCGAGGAUGCCCUGUCCAGCCCCCAGCUGCUGGGCCUGACCGCACAGCCCCCCUCCUCAUCAUUCCCUGCCCAAAUCCUGCCAGUGCAGGAGGCCCUGGGAUGCAGCAGCGUGCUGGGGCAGCCCAGCCCAGCCGCCCAGGAGGGUGCUGGGACCCCGCUCUCGCCACUAAAGCACUGGUUCUGCUGGGAACAGCCCCUCCGAGGCACUGCCAGCACCUGCCUGCCUCUCCAGGAUCCUGCUGCUGCCUUCCCCGGCCCGUGGGGCUCCGCGGCUGAGGGCUUGGCCCAAAGGAAGUGAUUUCAUGCAGCAGAUGCAUUUGUAAAGUUUGGGUUUUUUGAGUUUGUUGGGUUUUUUUUCUUCCUGGUUUUUGUUUGCGUGGGUUUUUUUGUGUGUGCUAUUUAAUACUUUCCACUGCUAACAAGAGCCCGUGGAGCAGCACUGGCCCUGCUGGGGCAGAGGGGCUGCUUCAGUUCCGUGGGUCACGGCCCCAGCACCUUCUCCUGACACCUCACGCCCCUCUGCCCUGCCAGCACUGACACCCCUGGGCAGUGGGGGAACGUUCUGUUCACCCCAAACGCUGGCUGCAGCCAAGUGCUGCCUCUCCAGAGCGUCUGUGGAGCUCUGUGCACUGAUCUGUCCCCGUGUGUCAGCCGAGCCCAGGCCGGAGCUGGGCCCAGCAGCUCCAGCACACUGGUGCUCGGCUGGGAUGGGCUGCCAGCAGAGCAUCAGCCUUGUGUAAUCCCUUCAGCAUGUUGUUACUUUAUUUUUUCUCCCCUGUGCAGUUUGCACAGAAGAUGGUGAGUUUCAGUUUGCCAGCCAGCUGCCAUUCCUUCAUGCUCUGAGCACUAACCGCCUCACGUGGGGUUUUCAAUUAUUAUUAUUAUUAUUAUUAUCCGUGUAUGUGUGUGGCUGUUAGGAAAUCAAGGUUGAUCCCGCAGCAAGACAAACAGCUGCAGGGGCAGGGAGGAGGAGGAUGAGGAGCAGUUCCCCCAGUGCAGUGUGUGCCUUGCAGCAGCCGUGCCCUUUGCCAGGUCCUGCAGGCAGCGCAGGCCCCGUCCUGGCGGCGCUGGCGCUGCUGGAAGGAGCCGGGCUCGGCUCUCGUUCACUUUCCUGGCCUGGCCCCACCUGAGCGUGGGCCAGAAAUGAAAAGCCCAGCGGUGCCCCAGGCAGGGGCUGCUGGCUGCUCCGGGGAGCUGGGGAGGGCACUGGGGUGCUGGCUGGGCUUGGCUCGUCAGGAAGGGCUGCUGGGGGCUGGGGCUCGGGGCUGCUGCGGCACCACAUCCUCAACCAGCACCCCCGGGCUCUGGUGCUGGAGAGCAUCUCUCAUCCUGUGUAAUUCUGUUCUCUGUGUCCCUAGUACUGAAGGCAAUAAAAUCCUUCUUUUAUUUA